CUUUUUUGAUUCCCACUCCUCUGAACGUGGCCCCGUCUUUCUUUCUCUUUCUCCCUCUACCUCUACACGCUUCAACCCAUCAAUUUACUAUCUGUAGUUGAUGCGUAAGACAAACUACACGUAGUUGUUUCUGGAAGAAUCUGUAGAUCUGGAUCAAACGCGGAAUCCACCGGAGGCGGUGGCGCAGCCAAUGGCGAAGGCAAGCUCUUCGUCGAGUUCUGGAGAAGUAUCCGUCAGGUUCGAGGAAGGUACUUCGGAGGCGACCACUACUCCAGUCGAUAGUAGCGUUGCUGCCGGCGCUGGUGCCUCAGCUUCUUCGUCUGUCCCGCUUUCCAAUGGCGGCGGCAGCAGCAGCAAGUCUUCUGGGAGUACGGGACCGAUUUUUCCCAGAGUAAAUACCAUGCCGCCGGAAAUCUUGAAUUCUGAGAAGCUAGAGCUGCCUGUGGGUUUCCAAAGAUCAAAGACCGAGAGGCAAAGACAUGAUAAUAGGCUUGCUGAAGAGGCUGCGCAGAUUUUUGAUGACCGAAUUCCUGUGCAGCAGAAGCUCAAAUUGUUGAACAGAAUUGCUACUGUUAAAGACGAUGGAACUGUAGAAUUUGAAGUUCCGGGUGAUGUUGAACCUCAUAAUCUCAGAGUUGGUUCGGAGAGUGUCUAUAAUGAAGUUGACGAAGAUCCACUUGAUGCAACAGAACUUCAGUAUAUUCCUCCAAUGCAAAUUGUCAUGCUUAUUGUUGGAACUCGUGGAGAUGUGCAGCCAUUUGUUGCAAUAGGAAAGCGACUACAGGAUUAUGGUCAUCGAGUUAGAUUGGCCACACAUUCCAAUUUCAAAGAGUUUGUGUUGACAUCUGGGUUGGAAUUCUAUCCCCUUGGUGGGGAUCCAAAAGUUCUUGCCGGAUACAUGGUAAAAAAUAAAGGGUUCUUGCCUUCAGGGCCUUCAGAAAUACCUAUACAAAGAAAUCAAAUGAAGGAAAUAAUAUAUUCACUACUUCCAGCAUGCAAAGAGCCGGACAUUGACUCUGGGAUUCCUUUCAAAGCAGAUGCAAUCAUUGCUAAUCCUCCUGCAUAUGGGCAUACACAUGUCGCCGAAGCAUUGAAAGUACCAAUUCAUAUAUUUUUCACAAUGCCGUGGACGCCAACCAGUGAAUUCCCCCAUCCGUUGUCUCGUGUUAAGCAAUCAGCUGGAUAUAGAUUGUCAUAUCAGAUUGUUGACUCCUUGAUUUGGCUGGGAAUAAGAGACAUGAUAAAUGAUGUUAGGAAAAAAAAGCUGAAGCUACGGCCAAUCACUUAUUUAAGUGGUUCACAAGGGUCUGAGUCGGAUAUUCCGCAUGGAUAUAUAUGGAGUCCUCACCUCGUUCCAAAACCAAAAGAUUGGGGACCCAAGGUUGAUGUUGUUGGAUUUUGCUUCCUUGAUCUUGCCUCAAACUAUGAGCCACCCGAAUCACUUUUAAACUGGCUUAAAGCUGGUACAAAGCCCAUCUAUAUUGGGUUUGGCAGUCUUCCUGUUCAAGAGCCCGAGAAAAUGACACAGAUAAUUGUUGAAGCUUUAGAAAUAACUAAACAGAGGGGGAUAAUUAACAAAGGAUGGGGUGGCCUUGGUAACUUGGCGGAAGACAAGGACUUUGUAUAUCUGCUGGAUAACUGUCCUCAUGACUGGCUUUUCUUGCAAUGUGCUGCUGUGGUGCACCAUGGGGGUGCAGGAACAACAGCUGCUGGUCUUAAAGCUGCGUGCCCGACAACCAUCAUCCCAUUCUUUGGUGACCAACCUUUUUGGGGAGAAAGGGUCCAUGCCAGGGGUGUAGGUCCUCCCCCAAUUCCAGUCGAUGAAUUUUCACUUAAGAAGUUGGUCGAUGCUAUCAACUUUAUGCUAGAUCCCAAGGUCAAGGAGCGCGCAGUUGAGCUUGCAAAGGCCAUGGAAAAUGAAGAUGGGGUUACAGGAGCUGUGAAGGCAUUUUUUAAACAUCUUCCCCGCACAAAACUCGAUCCUGACCCUAAACCAACAUCAUCGAAUUUUUUCUCCAUUAGGAGAUGCUUUGGUUGUUCCUAGAAGUGUGAAUAACGUUUUCCAUUUCCCCUAGUGUGUAUUCUUCAUCUGUAUUAAAAUCAUAUAAUUUGAUUUGCUUGAGUAUCAUUUUACAGAAUACUUCUUCAUACCAAGAGCUACUUUCUAAUGUCAUUCAUAUAUGUAUAUUUUUAUGGCCUCACCUUAUCCACACACCCCCGAUACCCUGAGCUGAUGUUGUGGGGCAUCUCAAUGAGUAAUGUCUAGUUUGCAUAAAUUAACUGUGUUUUGAACUCUUGGUGCUAGGAAAAUUACAUCAAGAAUUCCUAAUUGCUGGGAGGCAAUGUUCUGUUGCAUCAUCAAAAUGUGGUUGUGGCUUCCUUUUUCUUCAUUUU